UCUUUCCUAUUAGAGUGAAAUUGGACACAGCCCUCCUCCUGCCUACACCCCCAUGUCAGGAAACCAGUUUGUGUACCGAGAUGGGGGUUUUGCUGCAGAACAAGGAGUGCCCGUGCCCUACAGAACCACCACCAGCACCAUCCCAGAAGCUCCAGCUGCUCAGGGGGCCACCGCCGAGAUUUUCGAUGACUCCUGCUGUAAUGGCACCCUACGCAAGCCAGUGGCACCCCACAUCCAAGAGGAUAGCAGCACCCAGAGGUACAGCGCCGACCCCACAGUGUUUGCACCAGAACGGAGCCCACGAGGAGAGCUGGAUGAAGAAGGUUACAUGACCCCAAUGAGAGACAAACCCAAACAAGAAUACCUGAACCCUGUGGAGGAAAACCCUUUUGUUUCUCGGAGAAAAAAUGGAGACCUUCAAGCUUUGGAUAAUCCCGAAUAUCACAGUGCUUCCAAUGGUCCACCCAAGGCAGAGGAUGAGUAUGUGAACGAGCCACUGUACCUCAACACCUUCGCCAACGCCUUGGGGAAAGCCGAGUACCUGAAGAACAACGUACUGUCCGUGCCAGAGAAAGCCAAGAAGGCAUUUGACAACCCUGACUACUGGAACCACAGCCUGCCGCCUCGGAGCACACUUCAGCACCCAGACUACCUGCAGGAGUACAGCACAAAAUAUUUUUAUAAACAAAAUGGACGGAUCCGGCCUAUUGUGGCAGAGAAUCCUGAAUACCUCUCUGAGUUCUCGCUGAAGCCAGGCACUGUGCUGCCCCCUCCACCCUACAGACACCGAAAUACUGUGGUGUAAGUUCAGCAGCGGUUUUAAGGUGGAGAGACACGCCCACUCCAAUUACUCGUCCGCCCUCUUUCUCUUAUGGUCUUCCUUCUACUCCCAAGGCCAGUAGUUUUGACACUUCCCAGUGGAAGCUCUAGAGAUGCAAUGAUAGUUAUGUGCUUAGCUAACUUGAACAUUAGAAGGAAGAACAGAAAAAGAAAGACAGGAGGAACCACACUGUUUCGUCAUUUUUCUGCAUGGGUUGGUCAGGAGACUGACACAGCUAGAGAAGGCAAAUAUGAGGCAAUGCUGCCUACUGUCAAACUAGUUCUCAAC